AUGGGGUUUAAACUAUCCGAUUCGCAAGCUCGUUACAGAGAUCCGCUGACUUUCGAAAUGAGUCCAGCAUUAUUGAGAGUUCGUGCUCCCUUUUUCUGGAGAAACACCGUUGGACUUUUGUUUGUAGCUGCUGUUCCCUUAGGUGUAUACGCUUAUACCUGGAAUAUCUUAACCAAGGAUGAGUUUGAAGACAUUCCUAUCCCACCAAUCUCUGACGCAGAGUUGGCCAAGUUGAGAAGAGAGUACGAAGAAAAAAAGAAGAGCGGUAACCUUUAA